UUUACGCUUAGAAUAUGGUUAGGAUAGGUUAGGUUAGGCUAAUUCGGCAAUAAACGCAAUAAUUUAACUGUUUUUUUUUUAUUUAUAAGUAAAAUUGUGAGUGAAAAUGUCUUUCCUAACGGAAUAUUUCGAUGAGUAUCGCGCAAAACCUAUCAGAAAGACUAAAAUGUGUCGUCCAGAACUGCGAUGGGCGAAGUUGGAAGGGAAAUGGUUGGAUCCUAAAAAGGGCGGAUCUGAAGAGAGAGUAUGGAGCGAUGAAGAAAUCGAAGCCUUCAUUAAGAAGACGAUGAAGAGUCUACGAGGACGGUCUACCUACUUCAAUGACUUCUGCGGACAUCUUGACCCGGAAAUCGCCACGCGCCCGUUCGUCCCGCGCGUAAAGAAACUCCCCCUCUGCAGCGAGCUAGAACAGGUGAAGGUGGAGGAAGCAGCACCCCCGCCGCCGGCCGCCAAGCUAGCGCUCAAGGACACGGAGGUGAUGAAGAUGGCCAAGGAGAUGUAUGAACAGGACAUGGACAAACCCACGCUGGAGCCGCUUCAGACGCAUUUGAGAAUAUACGGCUACGUCCGCCCCUGUCUCUGGAAGACCGGCAUCAGCGACUACCAGAACGGUGUAGCCCGACUAGCGUACGAAAUGGUCCGCGACAACCGCCUGCCUCGCUACCACGCGCACAAUGGUUGCCGGCCGCGCUGGGGGUUGCCGCCUGAAGGUGUGCGCCAACCGGAGCUGGAUGGAGCGCCUUUUGAUGGCGAACGAUUGUAUUAAAUGCUAAGAAUGCGACUAAGAAUAAAACUUGUGCAACUAAAAAAUAUAACCUGAUAAUAUUAGCUAGAAGUGUAUUUGAAUGUUACCAACUCAUUGAACUUUGCUUCUUUUACCUGCAACCAAUCACUAGCCUGGCCAUAAUUAUGUACAAGUAGGUAACAAAUUUUCCAACGCCAUUUGAGUUAGGUAAUAUAUACCGAUCUCCUCUGCGUUUGGCACAUUGGACUAUGGUAUGGUGCAUCAGUAAAUGUUAAAUAAAAUGUUUUGUUUAUACUCAAAUUUGACCUACAUAGUGUAAUUUAUGUUAUACAUACGUUCAAAUGUGUAUGAUAAUUAAUAAAUAACGUUUGUUUUA